AUGCUCUUCAACGCCGCCUCCAUCCUCGCCCUUGCGGCCACGGCCUCAACUGCUGCCGUCCGCCGGGCCGAUUACGGUUCCUGGGAUUUCUCUGGAUUUGUCUCCUUCCCCGCUAGCGGCUACCUCUCCUACGGCGUCGACGCAACGUACACAAACAGCCAGCUCGCUGCGCCGAUUGAGGUGACUUGCAGCUAUCUCUACAACCCACAGACAAAGACCGAGACCGCGUCAUGCUCUGACCCAAGCUUCACCUAUGAUUUCGGUGGCGUCCGCAUGGCCAACACCAUCUCAACUGUGACUUUGACGCAGACUGUUGAGCUGGAUGGAAACCCAGUCACCGUGACUGGUGCGCAAGAGUUUGAUUGGGAUUUCAGCAGUGGCUCUGGGCGUUCAGGAAGUGCCAAGGGACCCAUUGCGGCUCAGACUGCUACCUCUUGA